UUGCUAAGUGUACAUUGUGAUUUCGACGUUGACAGCUCAGCAAAUGUAGCAGUGAGUGUGGCAGGCGGCUUCGCGAUUUCCUUGCUGUUUAAAUGUCUGUUUUUGCUGUUUUAUUUAGUUUAUGCCACUGCUUAGGAAAGCUGUUUUAGUUUGUAACAUUUUAUUCUAGCUGUGAUUAGUUUAAAUUCACCUGCCACAAUGGCUAGUCCGCGAACCAGAAGAGUCUUGAAAGAUCUCCGUAUAAAGGAUGGAAAUACUAACUGUUUUGAAUGUGGCACUCACAAUCCCCAAUGGGUGAGUGUAUCCUAUGGUAUAUGGAUUUGUUUAGAAUGUUCUGGAAAACACCGUGGUCUUGGAGUCCAUCUUAGUUUUGUUCGAUCAGUCUCCAUGGAUAAAUGGAAAGACAUUGAGCUGGAAAAAAUGAAAGUGGGGGGUAAUAACAAAGCAAAAGAAUUCUUUGAAUCACAAGAAGACUAUCAAGAAGGAUGGUCUCUCCAGGAGAAAUAUAAUUCAAAAACUGCAGCACUCUACAGAGAUAAGAUAUUAACCGAAUCAGAAGGAAAAACAUGGAGCAUUGCUACAUCUACAGCACGAAAUUAUAUUCCAGCUCAACCCCGGUUAACUCCCUUCAACACAAUUUCCUCAAAAGACGGUGUUGUCACAUGUAGCGGUGGCUACCAAGAAUCACAUAGCUUAUCAAAAGAUGAACAAGAUAAGAAAAAAGAAGAAUUCUUUUAUAACCGACAAGCUGAAAAUGCUGCGAGAUCAGAAGACAUUCCACCAAGCCAGGGGGGUAAAUAUAUUGGUUUUGGCAGUACACCUGACCCAGUUCCUCAAGAAGAUUAUAUGUCUUCUAUCUCUACAGGUUGGGCAUCGUUUGCGCUCAGUGCCAGCAAAUUUGCUGCUGUUGCUUCAGAAAAGGCCACUAAAGUUGCUAGCACUGCAGCCAAACGAACCAAGGAACUUAGUUUAACUGUCAAUGAAUCUGUUAUCAAACCUACACGAGAUAAGGUAUCAGACGCAAAACUUUUUCAGGAGAUGUCAUCGACUGUGACCAACUUAACAGAAAAAGUGAAAGAGGGCACACUGCUGAAUGACGUCGGCUCCUCCAUGAGCGGUUUUGCUUUCAAGUUGUCGUCAGCUAGCGCUAAAGGCUGGCAGGGUUUGUCUUCAUCACUUUGGGGUGGAGAACCAAAAACAACUCUUGCUACUGCUGACACCAGCCCCGGAGAAAAAACGUCGCUCCUGGGUGGAGGAAAUGGAUCGCCAACAAAGGGAAGAGAUCCCAGCAAGAACCGGUUGUUGUCAGAUGAUGAAGAUUCUUGGGGAAGCUGGGGCGCUGGAGACUGGCAUCCCGGAGAAAGCAAUGUUAGCAGCAAUAGUGGCAGCACAAAGGCCCAAAGCCCUCUAACGGACAUUUCACAAGACAACCCUGCAGCUAAUGCUGCUGCAAAAAAGAAUGAGAUGAAUGAGCUGGAGAAAUGGCUGAACGCUGGCCAGCUGGAUAAUGACAGCCCGAAAACAAGGGCCAGUAAAACGCCGUCCAAGAAGUCAGAUUUUAUUUCCGAUUGGGACGAUUGGCAAAUGGGUGGCUCAAAGGGCUCUGCCUCACCUGCUUCGUCUACCAAGUCAGCUUCCACUAUAGAAAGCCCAGCUUUGAGUAGCAAGAAGAAGACAACCCCGUUGACAAAACCACAGCAAAAUAAGAUCCCCAAAAACCCCACUGCUUCUGCUGCUGCAGUCCCAGGCUGUUACGAGGCCUCCGACUGGAAUAAUGAAUUCAGUGUCAAACAGAAUGAACCACUCGUUGGUAAUCUGGUGGACCUUGGUUCGGAGACAAGCACGGCUCAGGACAAUUUUGGCUGGGACAAUGAGGUGUGGGCUCAGGAUAGUGAUGAUGAAUGGCAAUCUCUUGAGACCAAUAGUACUCCAAGUCGAUCAAGAAUUAAGUGAAUGGAACAGUUAAUAGUUAACUCGUAUAAUGUGAAUGACAUGGGAAAGAAAGAUUUAAGUUUCCUGUUGUUGAUGUUGUUGUUCUUGUUGUUGUUGUUGUUCUUUAUUUUUCUUCCUUCCCCCCUUUUCCUUCUCCCCUCCUUUCUCCUUCCGUCCCUCCUCCGUCUCUCCCUUGAUUAAAUAAGUCUAACAUAAUGGCAGAAAUACAACCACCACCAACAAACACAUUCCCACUAACACUAUCAUAUAAUCACCACCACACUUUACACACACACACACACACAUACUUCUUCAACAUACAUAUAGGCAUGCACAUUCAUGCAUCUACACACACACACACACACUCCUACCUCAACACAUACAUUUGUAAAUCGACACACACAUUCAUACAUCUACACAACUACAUACAUACAUACUUUAGUAGCAUUUUUGUUCAGAAUAUUUAAUAAACAUACUAAACUUUAGAAUAAUUUGGAUGCUAUAAAACUGUGGAGAUACACACUCACUCACACACACACAUACACACACACACACACACACACACACACACACACACACACAUAUAUAUAUAAGGCAGACAUUAAACAGUGAUGAUGAUGAUGAUAUAUACAUACAUUGGGAUGCAGAUAAUUAUUUAUACAAAUUUGCAUUUGUGUAUGUAACUGUCUGAAGUUCUAGGUGCAUUUGUUCUGUGUAUGUAUAGGUAUCAUGUGUGAGAGUGGAGAUAAGUAUAUUUGUGUAUGUGUGUGUACACAUACACACACACAUACCCGGGUAUGCACACACAUACUUACACACACACAGAAUGAGGGAGAGAGGGGAGGUACUCCAGCAUGACAGUCCCUGUAAAGGCUAAAACAAACUCCACAGGAUAUCAUAUUUUCUGGCAUACAAGUUGAAUUUUUCAGAAUAAAAGUUACAGCCAAAAAAAGAUGUAGGUCAACUUAUGUACCAAGAUGAGUUUGGAGGACCAAAAAUUCCAUGUGAAAUGCAACAAGAUUUGGAACAACAGUGACUAUGUUUGAAUGUGUUAACACUAUAUACUACUACAUGUGAUGGCACGUAGCUUAGCAGUUAGGCUCACGGUCAUAAGUUCAUGAGUUUGAAAACUGGUGGCGCUGAGUAUCCUUCAACAGGACACUUUAUUUUAUGUUGAUCCAGGCCACUCAGCUGCCAAAAAUCAGUUGAGCAAGUAAUUCAAAGGACCAGGGGCCAGUCUUGUCACAUUCUGUGGUGUCACGCUGAAUCUCCCUGAGAACUACGUUAAGGGUACACAUGUCUAUGGAGUGCUCUGCUACUUGCACAUCAGUUUCACAAGCAGGCUGUUCUCUUGUUCAAAUCAACUGGAAACCUCGUCAUCAUAACCAAUUGAGUGCCAGUCCAAUAUACUACAUCAACUUCUGUGCCAGAAAAUAUGGUAUUCUACGUCAUAAAGGUUCAAUAUUGUUUCAUAAAAGUCACUACUCUAGUUUCAUAUCAACUGGCUGUCUUCAGAUGGAACCAAGAUAUGUUUUAAUAAAAAGAAAAAUGAAUUUAUUCUUGACAGUGCUGUGAAUUGGUUUGUCUCUUCAACUUCCAUUGCCAUUGUGUCUCUUGAGACUAGGCCUGUGUUUGUUUCUAUCUUGUAGAAUUUGUUGGGUUAAAUGUUGAAUUGAAAAUACUUCUUCACACCAUCUAAGGGCUAUCACCCAACCAGCUGAUAUGAGACUCUCUGUGUGUGCAUGUGUGUGUAAUUAUAUAUGUAUAUAUAUAUAUUCUUUUUUUUUUUAUUCUUAUAUUUAUUUCAAUCAUUUUACUGUGGCCAUGCUGGAGCACCACAUUGAAGUGUUUUUAUCGAACAAUUUGACACCAAGACUUAUGUUUUUAAAGUCCUAGUAAUGAUUCUAUUGGUCCCUUUACCAAACUGCUAAGUUACA